GCGGCGACGGCCACUCUACCAGCGCAUUGCAUCGCAUCGCAACCACCGCACUUCACUUUCACUUCACGCGCGUCGCUCGCUUCCUCAUCCCUCGCAUCGUUAUACCUACCGCGGCGACGCAUAGCUGCAGCUUUCCGCGCUGCAGUGUCAUAAGCUCAAGAUCAUGGAGGCCGUCUCAGGCACGGUCGAGAAGGUCAAGGAUGGCGUGAAGGAGACUCUACUGGGCACGGACGAUGAGCCUCAGCUCUCUCAGCAGACUCGCCGUUAUUUCAUGUCACACGCCGUCAAAGAUGAAGAGUCCGGAGAAUACUACAUGACUGAAAAGGAGUUCGUCAAUGCCGUUGCGCCAGAGGGCGAAGACUAUCACAAAAUCAAGCGCGAGCAGUACGCACUUCUCUUCACCAUCGCCGACCGUGCUGGCAAGAACCGAGUCACCCUUCAAGAUUGGUCUGUGUUCGACAACCUGCUGCGAAAGCCAGACGCGGAAUAUGAGAUCGCAUUUCGCUUAUUCGCAGACAAGAACCUCGGCGUGGUGGACUUCAAUACCUUCAAAGAUGUAUACGCCAAGAACAAGACAAGCGAUACCAUCCCUUUCAAUUGGGACAGCGACUGGGCGAAGCUGUAUCUGGGCGGCAAGCGCCACCGUCACUCCAUGACCUAUCCUCAGUUCGCCCAGAUGCUGCGCGGUCUGCAGGGUGAACGCGUGCGCCAGGCCUUCCUUCACCUCGACAAGAACGGCGACGGCUACAUUGAGCCGGAAGAUUUCCAGCGCAUCAUCAUGGAGACAGCCUCCCACAAGCUCUCCGAUCACUUGCUCCAGAACCUGCCAACCCUGUGCAACAUCUCACCUGGCUCGCGCAUCUCCUACGCCAAUGUCCGAGCCUUCCAGAACAUCAUUAGGGAGAUGGAUCUGGUCGAGUUCAUCGUUCGCAGUGCUCUCAAGAAGUCAUCUGACGGCAAGAUCACUCGUGUCGACUUCCUUGACGAGGCUCAGCGUAUCACUCGCUUCACUCAGUUCACACCAAUGGAGGCCGACAUCCUCUUCCACUUUGCAUCUCUCGACCAGCCAUCCGGACGCCUUGGCCGAGAAGACUUUGCCCGGGUGAUCGACCCAAGCUGGCACGGCAGUGCUCCAGGCUUCGAUGACGCUGCCAGUGGUGUCGCCGACAUCGCCCAGAAGGCUGUUGUCAAGUCCCAGAGCUUCCUUCACGAUAUCCUGGUGUCCGCGCACCACUUCGCUCUUGGCUCUCUGGCAGGUGCUUUCGGUGCUUUUAUGGUGUACCCUAUCGACCUGGUCAAGACACGCAUGCAGAAUCAGCGCUCUACUGCUGGUCAACUUCUUUACAAGAACAGCAUAGAUUGCGCACAGAAGAUCAUCCGCAACGAGGGCUUCAAAGGCCUCUACGCCGGUGUCCUGCCUCAACUUGUCGGCGUCGCUCCUGAGAAGGCUAUCAAACUUACAGUCAACGACCUCGUCCGUGGCAAGUUCACCAGCAAGGAUGGUGGUAUUCCUCUCUGGGCUGAGAUCAUGGCUGGUGGAUCUGCAGGUGGUUGCCAAGUCGUCUUCACCAACCCACUCGAAAUUGUCAAGAUUCGACUCCAGGUGCAAGGAGAGGCUAUUCGCGCGGCGGCUCGGGAAGGCGAGCAGCUUAAGAAGCGCUCGGCUGCCUGGAUCAUUCGCAAUCUGGGUCUCACAGGUCUCUACAAGGGCGCCACAGCAUGUCUGUUGCGUGAUAUCCCGUUCUCAUCCAUAUACUUCCCGGCCUACGCACAUCUGAAGAAGGACUUCUUUGGAGAGUCACCAGAGAAGAAGCUGGGUGUCUUGCAUCUCCUCACGGCUGGUGCAAUCGCCGGUAUGCCAGCUGCCUACCUCACCACGCCGGCAGACGUGAUCAAGACUCGUCUGCAGGUUGAGGCUCGCAAGGGCGAGUCCACUUACAAGAACAUUCCGGACUGUGCUCGCAAGGUCUUCAGAGAGGAGGGUUUCAAGGCUUUUUUCAAGGGAGGUCCUGCCCGUAUCAUGCGAUCUUCCCCACAGUUCGGUUUCACGCUGGCGGCAUACGAAGUCCUCCAGAACGCUCUGCCAAUGCCAGGCGAGCAUGAGGACAAGGAGCUCACUCCGCGCGGCAGUUUGGAGCCAGUCACUGGUUUGCAGGAAGCCAAGGCACCUCUGCCACAUCUGCGCUGUCGCAACGCGCUCAAGAUCAUCAACGACCUCGACCUCGGCUUCGGCAAGAUGAAGAUGCCCCAUCCAGAGGGUGGUUCGACUUCGUGGCUGGGAGGCGUUCGUGGCCAGGCGCAGUCCCCACCAACGAAAGAGUGAAAAGAGCAAGACAUCAAAGAUAAUGUGCGAUAUGGAUUGAGCGUGAGAAAUGGCGCGGUUCUUUUUAAAAGCAUCAGGUUCUGCAUCAGCAUCGGCGUCAUUAGGCGCAAAAGGAGCACAGCGGGUUUCUGGCUCAAAGCACGACAAGGUUACUUUGACAAGGUGAUCAUGGGCACUGGUUGUCAAAUUGCUUGCGAAUGGGUCUUUCAGAGGUUUUAGCAUGGAUCGAGAAGACAGAGCACACGGCACGAAGGUAGAAGGGUAGACGGACGGCCUCGAACUGCGUAGCGCUGUUCUAUGUGUGUAUUAGAGCUGUGUGUGUGGCUCGCUGCAGAGCUGCUUGUAUCAUAUUGGAAUGAAUACCUGUGCUUGCAUCG